CUUCAUUUCCAUAACUAUUCUCUGCUUCAUUUUAUAUCAGCUAAUAUUUUUCACUUCGCCUAAUUAGGAGUUAAAACAAGAAUAUGAUAGGUUGGAAGAGGCAAUGGCGUCUGGUUUCAUUGUUUUGUGCUAUUGUUUUCCAGCUUUUCUUGCUUGUUUGUGGUUCAACGACGGACCAUUUUAGGCAAGCUCCACUGAGGAUUAGUCAAAAGUUGAUAUCAACUACUCCUCCUGUCAAACUGCUUAUCUCACGUAAUUAUGUAGUGAUGGAUAAUGGCAUUGUCCAAGUUACCCUAACUAAUCCAACUGGAGCCAUUGCUGGGGUGCGUUACAAUGGUAUUGAUAAUGUCCUAGAGCACGACUUUAAAGAUACAAAUAGAGGAUAUUGGGAUACCGUGUGGCAACGUCCUGAAGACAAGGGUCACACUUUUGAUAUGCUUUUAGCGACAAAUUUCAGGGUUAUUGCACAAAACGAAAACAAAGUCGAAGUUUCUUUCACAAAAACAUGGAAUCCCUCCAUUAACAGUUCUGCCCAUGAUCUUCCUCUAAACAUCGACAAAAGGUUUGUGAUGUUGCGUGGGAGUUCUGGAUUUUAUUCAUAUGGGAUAUUUGAACACUUGAAGGGCUGGCCCAGUCUAAUUAUUGAGGAAGCAAGGAUUGCCAUCAAGCUCAGAAGGGCUUUGUUUCACUAUAUGGCCAUAUCAGAUGAUAUGCAAAGGAUGAUGCCAACAGAUGAAGAUCGCUCUGCUGGCCAAGUCCUCGACUACAAAGAAGCUGUUUUACUAACACAUCCAUCAAAUCCUAAACUUAAGGGGGAGGUGGAUGACAAAUACCAAUAUUCGUUCGAAAAUAAGGAUAUCAAAGUACAUGGAUGGGUUUGUAAUACACCACACGUAGGGUUUUGGGUGAUCACAUCUAGUAAUGAAUACUGUAACGGCGGACCAAUGAAGCAAGAUCUUACUUCUCAUGCUGGUCCUACGUCCUUAGCAGUAUUUUUCAGCGGGCAUUAUGCAGGGCCAGAGUUGGGAGUUACACUUAAAAAAGGAGAGGCAUGGAAAAAGGUUUUUGGCCCUGUUUUCUUCUAUCUUAACUCGGACUCUGGUGACAACCACCGUACACUUUGGGAAGAUGCUAAAAGACAGAUGCAGGAAGAAACUGCAAAAUGGCCAUACGAUUUCCCAGAAUCUCUUGACUAUCCCCAUGCUAAUGAACGGGGUAUAGUUAGAGGUCAAUUAUUCUUACGAGACAGGUACAUAAACAAAGAUCCUUUCUAUGCAAAAUCUGCAUAUAUUGGAUUAGCUCUUCCUGGACAUGUUGGAUCAUGGCAAUAUGAGACCAAAGGUUAUCAAUUUUGGACUCAAACAGACAAGACUGGACAAUUCAAGAUCACUGGUGUUAGAUCUGGAACUUAUAGCUUGUAUUCUUGGGUCCCUGGAAUUAUUGGAGAUUACAAGUACAACUAUGAUAUAAAUGUCAAACAAGGAAGUGAUAUUAACUUAGGUCACCUAGUUUUUUAUCCUCCAAGAAAUGGUCCAACUCUAUGGGAAAUAGGCAUUCCUGAUCGAACUGGUGCAGAAUUCUUUGUGCCUGAUCCAUUGCCUGGUCUCAGAAACCAGUUGUUCAACAAUAAUAUAACACAAACAUUUAGACAAUAUGGUUUGUGGGAUCGUUACACUGAUUUAUAUCCAAAUAAAGAUUUGGUAUAUAAAGUUGGUGUUAGUGAUUAUAAAAAAGAUUGGUUCUUUGCUCAUGUAACCAGGAGAACUAGAAGCAAGAAUUAUAUACCAACAACAUGGCAAAUUUUAUUUGGACUUCCAAGUGUUGAUCCAAAGGGAACUUAUACACUACGUAUCGCAUUGGCUUCUGCAACCUAUUCACAUUUGCAGGGGAGGAUCAAUGACCCAUCUAAACCAAGGCCUCAUUUUGAAAUUCCAGCAAUUGGAAGGAGUAAUGCAAUAGCUAGACAUGGAAUACAUGGACUAUAUAGGCUCUUCAGUUUCCAAAUUCAAGGGUAUGAACUACAAAAGGGAGAAAAUAUAAUAUAUUUGAAGCAAAUAAAAAGUGGUAAUCCUUUCUAUGGACAUCACUAUGACUACAUUCGUUUGGAAGGCCCUCCACCAAAAAAUUGAUUUCAAGUGAAUAUUAUACUACAUAAUUAGGAGGAUUAAUUACAAGUUUACUGCAAUAUGUUUAUAUUCUUUUUUUUUCUUAUAAAUUUUUUCAAGCUGAUGUAUACAUGAUUAGGAGCUGUGGGUUAUAGGAACAUUCAGAUUCUGUAUUGAUUCUAUUCUUUCUAAUUGAUUAUUUCUG